AUGGCGGAGGAGCCGGACCCCGAGGGGCGCGCGGCGGCGCGGCCCCUGCUCACCGACCUCUACCAGGCCACCAUGGCGCUGGGCUACUGGCGCGCGGGCCGGGCGGACCCGGCGGAGUUCGAGCUCUUCUUCCGCCGCUGCCCGUUCGGCGGCGGCUUCGCCCUGGCGGCCGGGCUGUCCGACUGCGUGCGCUUCCUGCGCGCCUUCCGCCUGCGGGACGCAGACGUGCGGUUCCUGGCUUCUGUGCUGCCCCGAGACACGGACCCUGCCUUCUUCCAGCACCUCCGCACGCUGGACUGCUCCGGGGUGACCGUGCGGGCCUUGCCCGAGGGCUGCCUCGCCUUCCCUGGGGUGCCGCUGCUGCAGGUGUCAGGGCCGCUGCUGGUCGUGCAGCUGCUGGAGACGCCCCUGCUCUGCCUGGUCAGCUACGCCAGCCUCGUCGCCACCAACGCUGCACGGCUCCGCCUGAUCGCGGGACCAGAGAAGCGACUGCUGGAGAUGGGGCUGCGGCGGGCGCAGGGGCCCGAUGGGGCCCUCACGGCCUCCACCUACAGCUACCUGGGCGGCUUUGACGGCAGCAGCAACGUGCUGGCGGGACAGCUGCGAGGAGUGCCCGUGGCCGGGACCCUGGCACACUCCUUCGUCACAUCCUUUUCAGGCAUUGAGGUGCCCCCUGACCCGAUGCUGGCUCCAGCUGCCGGUCAGGGCCCCAGCGUGGACCUGCCCGAGCGCGUGGCAGUGUGGCUACAGCGCGUGUGUGCCCACCUGAGGCUGGGCCUGCAGGAGCCGCACCCGGGCGAGCGGGCAGCCUUUGUUUCCUACGCCCUGGCCUUUCCCCGGGCCUUCCAGGGCCUGCUGGACACCUACAGCGUGCGCAGGAGUGGUCUUCCCAAUUUCCUGGCAGUGGCCCUGGCACUGGGGGAACUGGGCUACCGGGCAGUGGGCGUGAGGCUGGAUAGCGGCGACCUGCUCCAGCAGGCCCGGGAGAUCCGCGGUGUCUUCCGGGCCACCGCAGCCCAGUUCCAGGCACCCUGGCUCGAGUCGGUCCCCAUCGCUGUCAGCAACAACAUCGAUGAGGGGGAGCUGGCCCGGCUGGCACAGGAGGGCAGCGAGGUGAACAUCAUCGGCAUUGGCACCAGCGUGGUCACCUGCCCGCGGCAGCCAUCCCUGGGCUGCGUGUACAAGCUGGUGUCCGUGGGCGGCCAGCCGUGCAUGAAGCUGACCGAGGACCCGGAGAAGCAGACACUGCCUGGGAGCAAGAGCGCCUUCCGGCUCCUGCGCUCGGAUGGGUCUCCGCUGCUGGACCUGCUGCAGUUGGCAGAGGAGCCACCGCCACAGGCUGGGCAGGAGCUGCGGGUCUGGCCGCAGGGCGCCCGGGAGGCCUGUGUAGUGAGGCCAGCUGACGUGGAGCCGCUGCUGAGAGUCUGGGUCCAGCAGGGACAGCUGUGCCAGCCCCUCCCUCCCCUGGCCGAGUCCAGAGCCUUCGCCCAGACGUGCCUGGGCCGCCUGGGCCCCCAGCACCUGCGGCUGCAGCAGCCAGCCGAGUACCAGGUGGUGCUGUCUGAGAAGCUGCGGGCCCUGGUGGACAGACUGGGGGGCGCCCCGCUGCCCUGAGUGCCCCCCGGCCUGCCUGGGAAUAACACUCGCUGUCCCCACCUCGAGUCCUGUCGUUUCUGCGCCCCGCCUGCCGCAUAUGCGGCCCGCUGCGGCCCGCUGGGCAGGAGGACGGAGUCACGGAGUCACCGAGGGCGGU